AUGAACAAUCUUGCUCAAGGUGUUGCUUUUCUUGCAUCACUUAACCUCGCUCAUGGUAACCUGCGACCAGAGAAUAUCCCGCUCGAUCGUAAUCGACUAAGAAUAUCUGAUUUUGAUUGUACAGCCGAGUUCGGAACAGAUUUCGAAACUUGCCCUUGUCCGUACGGAAGACUACUUAAUAGUAACGAAGCAGACCAAGGAAUAGCAGGAACUACCGGCUUUCUAGGUUCUCGAACAGAGCAGUUCGCCCUCGGUUCGCUAUACUAUUUGAUCAACUAUGGCUUUGAGGUUUAUGGCAAUCAAUGUCUUGGCGAUGAUCCUUACGAGCAUGGACCCAAGGUCAUGGACUUACUCCAGGACAUGAAAUUCCCGAAGCUCGAUCGUGAUCCGCUGAUUGACGAUAUCAUCGACAAGUGCUGGCACAACCAAUAUCGCACGCUUACGGAAUUGACCACACAUACGGUGGCGUUACUUAAGGAACCAAUCAGCAAAGCACCCAACCACGAAGCAACCUCCAGCCUCGAGGGCCAAUUGUGGACCAACUGCGAGGUAAUCAAUAGUGACGGCAAUUACAGUGUGGAUCAGGACCACUCCUUUGAGCCUUUCUCUUCGAAAAAGGAUUUCUGCCAAGACUUGGAGAAGCGUGGACUCCUUCGCCUACUUAUUUCGGGUAAGCCCAUGGAGCUUGGAUUCAAUAUGGAACAUAGGCACGUGCUAUCAAAUACACUGACGAAUUGA